GCUGGAACCUCCAGCUCCGCUGCUGGACGGAGGUCCAUAUCCGCUGGAACCUCCGGCACUGGAACCGCCAGCUCCGCUGCUGGACGGAGGUCCAUAUCCGCUGGAACCUCCGGCUCCAACCUCCGGCUCCGCUGCUGGACGGAGCUCCGUAUCCGCUGGAACUUCCAGCUCCGCCGCUAG